ACGACACGGUCGUAAAUCCGCCAUCUUCCUGCGGCGCGUUGCGACAUGGAGGGCGCGAUGGCAGUGCGGGUGACGGCCGCGCAUACGGCAGAAGCCCGGGCCGAAGCCGGGCGGGAAGCGGGCGAGGGCGGGACCUCCGCGGACGCCUCCACCGCCAGCCCUGCCCUCAGACUCACGACCCGGCCCCUCUCGGCCGCCCUGCUCAUUGCAGAUGAGGAUGAUGUACACAGAUGCGGCCGCUGCCAGGCGGAGUUCACCACCUUGGAGGACUUUGUUCAGCACAAGCUCCAAAAGGUCUGCCAGCGGGUCCCUCAGGAAGCCCUGCCUGCCACCCCUGCUGCUGCGGCACUGCUGGGCCAGGAGGUGGUGCCAGCAGCAGCAGGCCCAGAGGAACCCAUCACCGUGGCCCACAUUGUGGUGGAGGCUGCUGCUCUAACGGCCGACAUCAACCACACACCUGACAUUGUCGGUGGCGGACACAUCAAAGAGGUCAUUGUGGCCGCUGAGGCAGAGCCAGGGGACAGCGAGAUGGCAGAGGCCCCGGGCAGCCCUAGCCAUCAGGGUCCCGGGCCCGCUGGGGAGGGCGAGCAGGCCCAGGUCAAGCUGCUGGUGAACAAGGACGGCCGCUACGUGUGCACACUGUGCCACAAGACCUUCAAGACGGGCAGCAUCCUCAAGGCCCACAUGGUCACUCACAGCAGCCGCAAGGACCAUGAGUGCAAACUGUGUGGGGCCUCCUUCCGGACCAAGGGCUCACUCAUCCGGCACCACCGGCGGCACACAGACGAGCGCCCCUAUAAGUGCGCCAAGUGUGGGAAGAGCUUCCGGGAGUCGGGUGCGCUGACCCGGCACCUCAAGUCUCUCACCCCGUGCACGGAAAAAAUCCGCUUCAGCAUGAGCAAAGAUGUGGUUGUCAGCAAAGAGGACGCUUCUGCAGGGUCUGGCACCUCCACCAUGGGGACUGUUACAUCAUCAUCAGUGACAGGCGAGCCCAUGGAGACGUCGCCGGUGAUUCACCUGGUGACAGAUGCCAAGGGCACUGUUAUCCACGAAGUCCAUGUCCAGAUGCAAGAGCUUCCCCUGGGCAUGAAAGCUCUCGCCCCGGAGCCCCCUGGCCCUGAGGAGCUUCCUUGUUCCAGUGAGGGCAGCCGUGAGAACCUGCUGCACCAGGCCAUGCAGAACUCUGGCAUCGUCCUUGAGCGGGUUGCUGGGGAGGAGGGAGCCCUGGAGCCAGGCCCUCCCACUGCAGCCAGCCCCCAGCCCCUGGGAGACAGUCCCCCAGAACUGCCGCUGCUGGAGGUGGAGCAAGUGGAGACAGUGGCCAGUGAGACCUCAGCUGUGCCCAGGACCCACCCAUGCCCUCAGUGCAGUGAGACCUUCCCAACGGCGGCUACCCUGGAGGCCCACAAGAGGGGCCAUGCAGGCCCGAGGCCGUUCACGUGCAUGCAGUGUGGCAAGGCCUUCCCCAAGGCCUACCUGCUCAAGAAGCACCAGGAGGUGCACGUGCACGAGCGCCGCUUCCGCUGUGGGGACUGUGGGAAGCUCUAUAAGACCAUCGCCCACGUCCGUGGCCACCGGCGUGUCCACUCGGAUGAGAGGCCCUAUCCUUGUCCCGAGUGUGGCAAGCGUUACAAGACCAAGAAUGCCCAGCAGGUGCACUUCCGGACCCACCUGGAGGAGAAGCCGCAUGUGUGCCCAUUCUGCAGCCGAGGCUUCCGGGAGAAAGGCUCACUGGUGCGGCACGUGCGGCACCACACGGGCGAGAAGCCCUUCAAGUGCUACAAGUGUGGCCGUGGCUUUGCGGAGCACGGUACCCUUAACCGGCACCUGCGCACCAAAGGGGGCUGCCUGCUGGAGGUAGAGGAGUUGCUGGUGUCUGAGGAGAGCCCCGCGGCAGCCGCCACCGUCCUUGCAGAAGACCCACACACUGUGUUGGUUGAGUUCUCAUCUGUGGUGGCCGACACCCAGGAGUACAUCAUUGAGGCCACCGCGGAUGACGCAGAGACCAGUGAAGCCACAGAGAUCAUCGAGGGCACCCAGACAGAGGUAGACAGCCACAUCAUGAAGGUGGUGCAGCAGAUCGUGCACCAGGCCAGCGCCGGGCACCAGAUUAUUGUGCAGAACGUGACCAUGGACCAGGAGGCGGAGCUGGGCCCAGAGGCAGCUGCUGCGGACACCAUCACCAUUGCCACCCCUGAGAGCCUGACAGAGCAGGUGGCCAUGACACUGGCCUCGGCCAUCAGUGAAGGCACUGUGCUCACAGCCCGCUCGGGCACAAAUGGUGCCGAGCAGGCCACUGUGACCAUGGUUUCAUCGGAGGACAUUGAGAUCCUGGAGCAUGCAGGCGAGCUGGUCAUCGCCUCGCCGGAGGGCCAGCUCGAGGUGCAGACAGUCAUCGUCUAGCAUGGGUGCCUGCAGGGUCCCAGUGGGCUGGGCUGAGGCAGGGCGCGAGGACCCUGAGUGCCCUGCCCACACCUGCCUGGCUGAGUACAGAGAAGAUGGGGCACAGACUUAAGGUGUUUAGAGGAGAUGUGAGAGUGUAAAUACAGAGUUUUUGGUUGCUUUACAAUAAAACAUGGAAACCCGCCGCUUGUGAUGUUGCGGCAGUGGCAGCCUUGGGGGCUGGUGCCACUGCCCUGGCAGGUUCCCCUCUGGCAGCCACUGCAUGCCCAGGCCACUCUAUACUCUAGUGUCUGUCACCCCACCCAGGGCUGCCCACGGGGCUGGCGGCACCUUGGCGGUGCGUGGGUGUCAUUGGCAUGUGGACAGGCAGCCUCCUGCCACUGCCCUGCCCAGCUGGAGCUGUGACCCCAA